UUUUCUAUAUAAACAAUUAAUUAAGCUGGAAAGGCAGUCAGACCAGAAGCUUUAAAUCGCGAUGGAGCCGGGAAAGCAGCCGCCGCCGCCGCACAUUGUUCUGGUCCACGGCGCCGGCCACGGCGCGUGGUCUUGGUACAAGCUGAAGCCGCUGCUGGAGGCGGCGGGCCACCGCGUCACCGCCUUUGACCUGGCGGCCGCCGGCACCGACCUGAGGUGUCUGCAUGACCUUUGCUCCUUCGACGACUACAACCAGCCGUUGCUGGAGAUUCUGGCGGCUAUUCCGCCGCCGGAGAAGGUGGUCCUGGUCGGGCACAGCCUCGGCGGGAUGAACCUGGCGGCGGCGAUGGAGAGGUACCCCGACAGGAUCUCCGUGGCGGUUUUCGUGACGGCUUUCUUGCCUGAUUGUGAACAUAAGCCUUCCUACGUCAUCGAACAGUUGGUAGAGAAAACUCCGCUAGCAGAGAACUGGGAGGACACAAAAUUCUCAACUUUCGGCACGCCGGAUUGUCCCUUAACUUCGAUGACUUUUGGUCCUAAAUUCAUCUCCGACCAACUCUACAGUUUAUGUUCUCCGGAGGAUGUGGCAUUGGGAACAAUUCUGAUAAGGCCGGGGUCGUUGUUCGUGGAAGAUGUGUCCCAAAAAGAGCCAUUCUCAAAAGAAAGGUAUGGAGCAGUGAAGAAAGUGUACAUUUUGUGCGAAAAGGAUAUCGUCAUUGUGGCGUGGUUCCAGCGUUGGAUGAUCGAGGCCAAUGGAGGAGUCGAUGAAGUCGUCGAAAUUGACGAGGCCGACCACAUGGCCAUGUUGUCCACACCCCAACAGCUUUCCGAAUCUCUUACAAAAAUCGCUGCCAAGUAUCAUUGAUCGAUUGGACUAAUUAAGAUUGCAAUUGCAAUGAUCAUCACAUAAGUGGUGGACUCGUGCCCGUGAAGUUAUAGGUUCAAGUGUGACUUGUCUUGUCGAGUCUAGUUUACAGGCUAUUAUAUUCGGUUGGAUAUUUAUCCGGAACAUAUUCAUCGAAUAGUGGCGGAAUAGUGGCGGCGGCUUCUCCCAUUAUAAUAUAUAUAUAAUUUACAAAUUUAAAACAAUAAUUCCUACUAAUUUUAUUGUUGAAGCAUGUGAAUGGUGUAUUGUUUUUUUAAUUUGAUUUUAUGUUUUUUUAUUAUACAA